ACAAUGAAGGCGGUGAUUCAGAGAGUCGCGGAGGCGAGUGUGACGGUGGGCGGAGCCAGGAUCAGCUCCAUCGGUCCAGGUCUGUGUGUCCUGCUGGGAAUAAACGUGGACGACACGGAGAAGGAGACGGAAUACAUGGUGCGUAAGAUCCUGAACCUCCGUCUCUUCGAGGAUGGUUCUGGUUCCGGCCGGGCCUGGUCCUGCAGCGUGGUGGACCGGGACCUGGAGGUUCUGCUGGUCAGCCAGUUCACCCUGCAGGCGGUUCUGAAGGGAAACAAGCCCGACUUCCACCAGGCCAUGCCGGCCCAGCGGGCAGAACCGUUCUAUAACCGGGUCCUGGAGGAGAUGAGGAGCAAGUACCGGCCGGACCGGGUCAAAGACGGGAAGUUCGGGGCUCACAUGCAGCUGCAGAUCCAGAAUGACGGACCCGUCACCAUCGAGCUGUCGUCACCGGCUGGACCUGGGGAUCCCAGACUACAGUCCAAGCAGGAGAAGCAGCAGCAGAGGAAGGACAAGUCCCGGUCCAAGGGCCCGGCAGAGUCGGGGGAUAAGGGGUCCAGACCGGACCCCGGGACCAGCAGCGGCGCCGAGGGCCAAGUGUCCUCGGAGCGGGAGGCCUAG